UACUAUUCGUCUAGUUCUCUAAAUAGCUUCACUUAUUCUGGAUUUAUUUAUUUAUUUAUUUUUAGAAUCGGAAUUCGAAAAUUUUAAUCUAGCAGUAGGUAAACGAAACAGUUCACCAAUUUUGUUAAUGGAAUCUCUAAAUUUUUUUUUUUUGGUGUAAAAUUAUAUUUUAAAAAAAUCCUUUUGUUUUCGUUUUGGUUUUCUUGGCUACCAAACAGAGGGCCAAUGUUAGAAUUGUAGCUUGGAUUAGUAUAUUCUGGGUGUAUCUGCUUCAUUUGAUCGGCUAAUUAGAGUUGUAGUGUUGUGAUUUUUUACAUGCUAGAGAGGGUUAGUGUUAGAAUUUUAGUUAAUCUCUUUAUUUGAUUGAACUAAUUAGGAUUUUAAGUUGUAAUUAGAUGUAAUCUUGCAAUUUUGGAUUGGUACGUUUUCGGUGUAUUUGCUUAUUUGAUAGACUAAUUGGAGUUCUAAAUUGUAGUCUUAUAAUAUAGUGUGAAUUACAUUAACCCACCCUAAGGUUUGGGCUAAUACUAAACAGGUCCAAGACAUUUCAAACUAACCAAUUUGGUCCCUAAGAGAGAAGAGAAAAAUGACUAAUGAACCUAACAAUGUUUAUUGUUUAGGCACCAAAUUGGUCAGUUUUGAAAUGUCUUGGACCUGGUUGACAUUAACUCAAACCUCAGGGUAAGUUAAUGAAAUUUACCCUAUAAUAUAUUUGAAAUUGAUAUUCGAAACCAAAUGUGAGAGAGGGUUUAGUGUUUUGAAUAUUAGCUUGGAUUAGUGUGUUUUUAGUGUAUUUUUUUCAUUUAAUCAACUAAGUAGUAUUUAAAUUGGGAAAACACUAAAGCUACUGCUAAAUUUACUAUAAAGGCUUGCAAAUGGACACGAUAAUGAAUGUGUUUAGUGCCACAACAACGUAAUAAAUGAAUUUUUCAACUUUUUGUGUGUGUGUGUUUAAAAGGUGACAUAUCCAUUUGUAAGACUUAUGUUGUAAAAUUUGUAGCAUCACUCAUUUAAAAUGUACUCUUGAUUUUUGAAAGAGUUAAGCAUGUUGAAACAGUGUGCAGACCUUUGACAUACUUGUAUUGGAAUUUUGGCUUAACUCAUCCUUUUGUGUACCAGAUAUAAUUGAAUAUUUUCCCCCUCUUUCAUUUUCUAUCAGUUUUCUUGGGAAUUAAACGAGGUGUUAGUAUGUAUAAUUUGAGCUGGAAUUUUACGGUAGUAUCUCUUUAUUAUCUUCAUUUUGAUAGCUGAUUUGGGUUCGAAUUUUUAUUUUGCAAUUAUAGAGUUCCCAAAAUAUUUUACAUUCAUUUUUAAAUGAGUAGAUUAGAUUUUAUGAUGUAAAUUUUAAGAAAGUAUUGACUAUCACCAUUUUGGUAUCUAUUUAAAUUAUUGAUGAUGUGCCAUAAGCAAUCCACUCAAUUCAGAACAAAUAGAUAAGAUUUUAGGAAUUACAUGAUGAAGUUUGCCUAAGAACGCCGGAGGAUCCUAAACAUUGGUUUAAUCAGUGUGUUAGCCUCAGUGAUCACUAGUUUGAGUUUGAGUUGUUAAACGAAUUGAAACAGGUAUGCAAUCUUAUUUAUGGGUUUCAGAUAUUUCUGGUGAAUUUGAAUUUUCCACCUCUACAGCUAAGGACUAGGUUGACUUAUUGUUUAUGUAUUGGAAGCAUAGCAUGUAAAAGGACUCUAUCACUAGAAUGAUAGUCUCAAUGUUGUAGGGGAAGAAAUGGGCACCCAAAUGCCUACAUGUAGCGAUCGGACAAGGACAAACUGGACACCAGCAAUGGAGUGUUAUUUUAUUGAUCUUUUAUUAGAUCAGGUGCAUAGGGGGAAUAGGAUGGGCCAUACUUUCAACAAACAAGCAUGGACUGAUAUGCUGACCAUGUUCAAUGCCUAUUUUGGAUCCCCAUAUGAUGAAAAGGUCUUGAAAAGUCAUUACACCAAUUUAUGGACUCAAUUCAAUGAUGUAAAGAGUCUACUUGAUCAGAAUGGAUUUUCAUGGGAUGAUACUAAACAAAUGGUGGUUGCCAGUCAUCAUGUUUGGGAUGCUUACAUCAAGGCUCACCCAGAGGCACAGUUUUAUAGAAACAAAGCCUUGAUGAACUUCAAUGAUUUGUGCUUGAUAUAUGCACAUACAACAGCAGAUGGAAGAUACAGCUUAUCAAGUCGUGAUAUAGACUUUGAUGAUGACAUUCAAGGAGUGAAUACUGGUGUUGCAAUGAAUAGCCUUGUACUGGCAAGUAAAGAGCAUUCAAAAAUAGAUUGGACACCAGCCAUGGACCGAUAUUUUGUCAAGCUUUUGCUGGACCAACUUAAAAAAGGCAAUAAGAUCUGUAAUAAAGAAACAAGCAUGGAAUGAUAUGCUUACCUUGUUCAAUGGAAAAUUUGGCUCUAAAUAUGGAAAGAGUUUCUUAAAACACCGUUUUAAGAAAUUAUUGAAAUAUUAUAUUGAUGUGAAGAGUCUACUUGAGGUGAAGGGAUUUUCUUGGGAUGAAAUUCAACAAAAGAUAUCAGCAGAUGAUUAUCUAUGGGAUAAUUACAUCAGUAAGCAAUGGACAUUGCAGUCAUUUAUUGCAAGGGAGAAACUUUGAAGAUGAUAUCAUACAGAUCAAGGCAGGGUUAGGACAGAUUUACUGGCUGUGGAUAUUGUCUGUACCCCAUCUUAUUGCUAUCCAAUGAUGUUGAAGUAUAUGAAUUACUGUUUGUCAAUUAAUGGCAAGUAUAAUGUUCUUCUAGUUUAAUUUAUGUUUAAAAGUCUGACACGUUUUGAUGAAUGAGAAGUUGUCUAUUAUCCUCAUAAAUCAGUCAGUUUUACCUAUCCUGUAGCUGAAGAAAAGGAGGGCUGUACCUCUUCUGAUAGUGAAUGUCGGAGAACAAAUUGGACAUCAACAAUGGAUCGUUACCUUAUUGAAUUGUUACAAGACCAGGUGCUUAGAGGGAAUAAAAUUGGUCAUGGAUUUGUGGCCGAGGCAUGGAUUGAAAUGGUUAGACUGUUCAAUGCAAAAUUUGGAUCUCACCAUGACAAAGAUGGUCUGAGGAAUAGAUACAAACAUUUAAGGGGACAAUAUAAUGAUAUCAGGGUUCUUCUUGAUCAGAGUGGGUUUUCUUGGGAUGAAACAGGAGAAAUGGUAACUGCUGAGGACUAUGUCUGGGAUUCUUAUACCAAGGUGCAUCCUGAUGCUCAGUUGUAUAGAAAUAAAUCUGUUCCCAGCUAUCACAAAUUAUGUGUUAUAUAUGGUGAAGAAGUUUGUAAUGGAAGAUAUAGCAUUUCAACGUGCAAUGCAGAUCUAGACAUUGAAGAACCAGAUUUGAGAAUUGGGGAGGAUAUCCAAUGCUAUGCAAACAGUGGUUGUUCGACAACAGAUUGGACACCUUCAAUGGACCGUUAUCUCAUAGAUGUAAUGCUAGAGGAAGUGCAUAAGGGGAAGAAGAUUGAUUACACUUUCAACAAUCAAGCAUGGAUAGAUAUGUUUAUGUUGUUCAAGGAACGAUUCUCACCACAACAUGACAAAGAUUUUCUGAAAAGUCAUUAUAGAAGUUUGGAAAAGCUGUACUUUGAUAUGAAAAAUCUUCUUGAACAGAGACGAUUUUCAUGGGAUGAAACACAGCAAAUGGUCACAGCUUUUGAUGAUGUUUGGGAUGCAUAUGUGAAGGAACACCCAGAUGCAAAACCAUACCGAAUCGUGCCGAUGCCAAAUUAUAAUGAUUUGUGCUUGAUUUAUGGAAAUCCAGCUUCUGAUGAACAGUGUAAUCAAGCGUGUCAAGAUCUAGGAUGUAACGGUUUUGAAUUUUCCGAAGGUGCCAGACUUAACAAUAGCUAUCACCAAAGAACUGAUUGGACACCAUCGAUGGACCGAUAUUUUAUUGAUCUAAUGUUAGAGCAAGUUCGCAAUGGAAGUAUGGUUGAUCAAAAAUUCAACAAGCUAGCCUGGAGUGAUAUGAUCGCAAAGUUUAGUGCACAAUUUGGGUCUCAGCAUGACAAAGAUGUCCUAAAAAGUCGUUUUAUGAAUUUGAGGAAGCGGUUCAAUGAUAUGAAAACUCUACUUGACCAGAGUGGUUUUUCUUGGAAUGAAAUGCAAGAGAUGAUACGUGCUGAAGAUGAUGUCUGGGAAGCUUAUGUUAAGGUACAUCCUGAUGCAAGAACAUACCGCAAUAGAGCUCUCCCAAAUGUCAAUGAUUUGUUUUUGAUAUAUGGAAAUGACAACACUGAGCAAAGGCAAAAUUACUCUGGUCACUCUAUGGAUGCUGAGGACUAUGAGCUGGGAGUAAAUAUUGUUAUUUUUAAAGUUGUAGGUGAAGAGGAUUACCAGUCCCCUGCUAAUAAUGAUCCUCUGAGGAUAAAUUGGACAAGGGAAAUGGACCGUUAUUUUAUUGUCCUUCUGUUAGAACAGUUGCACAGAGGGAAUAAGAUUGGUUGUAAAUACAAUGCUCAAGCUUGGACCUGGAUGAAUGCAUCAUUUAGUAAAAAAUUUGGAUUCCUUUGUGACAAAGAUGUACUAGAAGAUCGGUAUUGGAGCUUGAGGAAAGAGUAUAUGGACAUAACAGAUAUCCUCAAUCAUAAUGGCUUUGCUUGGGAUGGAAUUCGCCAAACAAUGAUAGCUGAUGAUGAUGUUUGGGAAGCUUAUAUCAAGGAUCAUCCAGAUGCAGUUACAUACAGAGAUAAGAUCUUGGGUGAUUAUUGUAAUUUGUGCUUGAUUUAUGGUAAUGAAAGUCAGCAUAGUAGAUCAAGUUAUUUCGACGUAAAAAUGGAGAUCAACACCAACACCAACACCCUGGGGAUGGGGAUUGACGAUAUAAUUGGAGAGAUGCUAUCUCCAGCUACUGAGUUUGAAAUAUCUCAUCAGAAAAGAAAGCGAAAAUCUGCUCCUUUGUCAACCUCAGCAUGUAUCCAAAAGGUUAGGAGAAUCAUCAAGAAAGAGACACAAGAGGCAGUUGAGGGGAAGCCAUGUGUAGUAAAAACAUAUUUGGGUACUGAGGAAGACAAAGACUACAGCUCAAUAGAAUGUAUAGUUGCAGCACUUCAAACCGUUCCUGACAUGGAUGAUGAGAUCUUCUUGGAGGCUUGUGAACUUUUAGAAGAUGAGAGAAAGGCCAAGAUGUUCGUGGCCAUGGAUGUCACAGCACGGAGGAAGUGGUUAUUGAAAAAGCUUCGACGGUAGCAUCUAUUUUUCUUGUUAAUGUCAGAUAUAAUUUUGGUACUUUUUUAUUGGGGAGUUUUUCAAUGUAAAUCAGAUCCUAUAUUAAUGUAAAGGCAUUUUUCAAUGCAAUUUCCUGUAUGGUUUCCUUAUUGAAAUGUGAAAAAAAAAAAAGGGAAUUGAAUUUGCUUUUGCUGGGA